AUGAAGGACAUCCAACAAGCGAUCAACGACAUAUUGAAAAAGGAAAGCAAACAACCUGAACAGGUUCUCAACUUGACCCUCGACAGCGUCUGCAAGUCGACGCAUAUAACGGGCCUCGACGCAUUUGUAAACCUCAAGUCCCUAUCACUUUGCGGUCUCGGGCUUACGACUCUUGAGGGGUUUCCAAGGCUUUCCAAGCUAGUCCGCCUGAAUCUCUCUGACAACCGCAUCACAGGCGCUGGUCUCACAAACCUCCGUACGCUCGAGCUUGCUAACAACCGCAUUGCGACCGUUGAAGAACUUGCUCCACUAAAGGAGCUCAAGGCGUUGCAGUGCCUUGACGUGGAUCAGUGCCCCCUUUCCAAGAAACAGGACUACUCUAGCAAGGUCUUCGCCAUGCUUGACGAGCUAAAGUACCUGGACUCGGUCGACAAGGAAGGCCGUGAGCGCGACGGCGAGGAUGAAGAGGAGGACUUCGAGGAGGAGGACGCCGGCGAAGAGGAGUACGAUGAUGGCGGUGGCGAGGAGGAGUUCGAGGACGAGGAGGGCGGCGAGUUCGAGGAGGGAGAGAAGGAGUAUGCGGUCCUAGUGGUAUGUCGCGGCGUGACGCCUUACAGAUACGGAUUUUGUUUCCGGGGCCCUGAUGCCGUUGGGGAGGACGAGGAGGGCGAUUACCAGGAGGAGGGUGAGGGUGACGACGAGGAGGGCGAGGAGGAGGACGAAGGGGCGGCGGAGGCCCCGCCCUCGGGUGGCACAAAGCGGAAGCGCGAGGAGGAGGAGGGCGAGGAGGAGGACGAAGAGUAA